GCCAAGCAGUUAAGCAUUAAGCAACCACAAUCACAAAUAGAAAAUUAAGGAAGUUAUAGAGAAGAAAAUGGAGAUGGAGAAGGAAAUGAUGCAGUCAAAGUUUAAGAAAAUUUGUGUUUUUUGUGGGAGUAGUCCUGGCAAGAAGAGUAGCUAUAAGGAUGCUGCAGUUGAGCUUGGGAAAGAAUUGGUAUCAAGAAACAUAGACCUAGUUUAUGGAGGAGGAAGCAUUGGUUUAAUGGGUUUGGUCUCUCAAGCUGUUUACAACGGUGGUCGUCAUGUCCUUGGAGUGAUUCCAAGGACUCUCAUGCCUAGAGAGAUAACUGGUGAAACAGUGGGAGAGGUGAAAGCAGUUGCAGAUAUGCACCAGAGGAAAGCAGAGAUGGCCAAACAUUCUGAUGCUUUUAUUGCUUUACCUGGUGGCUAUGGAACUUUAGAAGAACUCCUUGAAGUUAUAGCUUGGGCUCAACUUGGAAUCCAUGAUAAACCAGUAGGACUACUGAAUAUUGAUGGUUACUACAAUUCCCUUUUAACAUUCAUUGACAAAGCUGUGGAGGAAGGUUUCGUCUGCCCUAACGCGCGCCAAAUUUUUGUAUCAGCCCCGACUGCCAAGGAACUUAUGAAUAAACUCGAGGAGUACUCUCCGAGCCAAGAAAACAUUGCAUCAAAACUAAAUUGGGAAAAGGAGGAGCUAGAAUAUCCUCCCAAAUGUCAGAUGCCAUUAAGAUAGUCUAUUAGGAAAAUCAGCAGAAGCAAAGAAGAUGGUAUUAGGAAAAUCAGCAAUUUAUAGUAACAUGAUUGCAGAUAUCCCUAACUCUUCUCAGACCUUUCUGUCUAUAUGAAGGUUGUCAAUUGACAUUGAUGAGAUUCUCGUGUUAGUACAUGCCUUAGGAUUAUGCUCGAAUUCUUGAAUUUCCGAGCAAACUAUGUUCAUACAAGUCUACUUAUUCCUUGUAUUCUGGAUAAUUAUAGUUUAUUUCUUGAUAAAUUGUAGUGCUACAUGUAGAAUUAUCAAGAAGAUAUGCAAAAGCAGCUAUCAAACAUGAUCAUUUUCUUAUGA